AGAGAGAAUUUUAAGUGUUGUGAAAAAAAGCUCGAUCCGAUUCUGAUGUUUCAGAUCCUCCAGGUUCCAGGUCUAUGGAAAUGCAGGAUCUAGCAAGCCCACAAGGUCGAAUAAGUGGAAGUAGUGAGUCUCCCAAUGGUCCAAAACUUGACAACUCUUGUAUUAAUAAUAAUUCUAUGACACCAAAUGGCACAGAAGUCAAAACGGAGCCAAUGAGCAGUAGUGGCAUUGCUACAACAGCAGCAGAGGAGUCUUUAGACAGUUUCUCAGGAAUUGGUGGUGGUUUUAGCCCAAGGGAAACACAUCACUUCUCUCCACAUAUUUAUCCUUCCAAGUCGUAUCCACACAUUCUCCCAACUCCACCUUCACAAAGCAUGGCAUCAUAUGGACAGUCUCCGUAUGCCACAGGAAUGCAGCAAACAGCAACUUAUGCAACUUACCCACAGCCCGGCCAACAUUACGGAAUACCAUCUUAUGGCAUCAAGACUGAAGGUGGAUUGACUCAAACACAGUCUCCUGGCCCAACGGGAUUUCUAAAUUAUGGUUCAAGCUUUAAUGCACCUCAACCAGGCCACGGCCCUUACAGUUACCAAAUGCAAGGGGGAAGUUUUACAUCGGGAUCCGGAAUUUACACAGGAAGCAACUCACUUGCACAUUCUGCAGGCUUUAACAAUUCACAGCAGGAAUAUUCUUACACGGGCUUUGGCCAGGGGCAAUAUGCACAGUAUUAUAAUAAUUCUCCAUAUACUUAUAUGACAAGCAACAACAGCAGUCCAGCACCUCCUUCGACCACUACAACAUAUCAACUCCAAAGUGCACCAUCUGUCACAAGUCAGGCUAUUACAGAUGCCGUUACAGGUGAAUUUGGUACCAUCCACAGUCCAUCCGCAACCAUUAAAGAUUCAGAGUCGGAUCGGUUACGUAGAGCUUCAGAUGGAAAAUCACGUGGCAGGGGUAGGAGAAAUAAUAACCCGUCUCCUCCUCCAGACAGUGACCUUGAGCGAGUGUUCAUAUGGGACCUGGAUGAAACUAUCAUUGUUUUUCACUCUUUGCUCACAGGAUCCUACGCCAAUAGAUAUGGACGGGAUCCACCCACAUCGGUGUCACUUGGACUACGAAUGGAAGAAAUGAUCUUCAACUUGGCAGACAUGCAUCUCUUUUUUAACGAUUUAGAGGAGUGUGAUCAAGUUCACAUUGACGAUGUGUCAUCAGAUGAUAAUGGUCAGGAUUUGAGCACUUACAACUUUGCUACAGAUGGCUUUCAUGCUGCAGCGACAAGUGCAAAUCUUUGCCUCGCAACCGGUGUGCGUGGAGGGGUCGAUUGGAUGAGGAAGCUAGCUUUUCGCUAUCGGAGAGUAAAAGAAAUUUACAAUACCUACAAAAAUAAUGUUGGAGGUCUCCUUGGUCCGACUAAGAGAGAAUCGUGGUUGCAGUUACGAGCAGAGAUUGAAGCUCUAACAGAUUCGUGGUUAACACUUGCAAUGAAAGUGCUCACACUCAUUCAUUCAAGGUCAAACUGCAUAAAUAUCCUCGUGACAACAACGCAACUGAUACCUGCUCUUGCCAAAGUCUUACUUUAUGGAUUAGGAAUAGCUUUCCCAAUUGAAAACAUAUAUAGUGCAACAAAAAUAGGAAAGGAAAGUUGUUUUGAACGAAUAAUUCAAAGGUUUGGACGAAAGGUGGUGUAUGUUGUUGUGGGAGAUGGCAUUGAAGAAGAACAAGCUUCCAAAAAGCACACCAUGCCAUUCUGGAGGAUCUCAAGCCACUCUGACCUUAUGGCCCUACAUCACGCCUUGGAGCUGGAGUACUUGUAGCAGUAUGUUGGCACUUUAAGACAUAGGAUCUCCACCCUCGCUGUUCAUGAACUACAGAACUUUUGUACCUUAUGGCAGCUCCUUACUACAAAGUGUAUGUGGAACCCCAAGUAUUGAAAUGCAGCCACAAUUUGCCUUGACCAUCGUCCCAAUUUUAAAUGAAGCUGAUUGAAUCUCUCAGAAAGCAGCUGACAGCUCUGGGAACUGAAUUAUCUCUGUAUGGUCAGAAGAUAUGACAUUGCUCAAUAAUGCUGUUUCAAUAUAGGAGUUCGUACCAGUGAAGGAAAUAGAUUCAAGAAGAUGCCUAAUUUGUUCCCUGCUGAAUAAACAAGCAAGUAAAUGGUCCUCAGAACAGAUGUUAUGGCUAAUGCUUUAAGCAUUGAUGGUCAUAAUAACAAAACUUGUAAAAAAUAUUGUCAUGAGGAAUAAAAAUUUACACUGAUAAUUGAGUUGUACAAAUGCUAGUGACAUAUUUUAUUUGUGGAGAAAGUUUGCUUCCAUUAUCACUGAUAUCCAGGACACUUCUAUUAUAUAUAAACUGAUGGUUUUGCAUUAACAAUUAUGAAGGUACUUAAAGUAGGUUUUUGCCGUCAGAAGCAGCAAGCACAUGUGAUUUUGUCAUGUCACAAAGUAGUUUACAGAAAUGAAAGUUUUCUUAUAAUUUAAGAUGACUGUUUACUUUGCUAAGACAAUCAUGUACAGAAAAGGUCAUUUUUUUUUGUAAAUUUGUAAUCAGGCAAUUAUUUUGCAUAUUGCUGUGUUAAAAACAAUUGAAAGGUAGCAAUGCCUAGUCUGUGAUAUGUGUGGCAAGGCAUUGUGUGCACAAUGAAACUGUGCUGUGCCUUAAAGUGUUGGUGUGUUAUAAUGAAAUGUUUUUUUCAGUAAAUAUGUAGAUAAUGUUUUUUUAGAUGAUUUUGUCAAGACCAAAACCAUGGAUGUCAAGUGUCAAGGUUUAUCUGCUUUCUUUUUCUAACUUUCCUAUUUCUCCAAAUUAAUAUUAUCCUUUUUUUUCUUCAAAAGAAAAUUACUCUACUUGAAUAAACUAGAAAAUGAUUCCCUGCUCCCUUCUUACACAAGUAAUAUGGAUUAUAUAUAGUAUAUAUUUUUAUUAUAAAUCCUGUUUCUUUUAAUACCGAGUAGCACGUUCCUAUAACUGUAUGCCCUUAUAGUGUCUACAUUCUUUUUUAUGGAAGUACAUCAGCAAAAUAAUGUUUAAGUCGUUUUGUUCAAGCGGUCAGGUCCUUUUCCUACUGUCAAUCUUUCAAGCAAAUGUUAGUAUUACCACAAACAACAGGAAUUCAGCAGAUGCUGGAAAUUCAAGCAACACACAUAAAAGUUGCUGGUGAA